CCGGGCACGAUUGGUUAUACUGAAGCAUCAAUUGAUCAACAAUACCCACGACUCAAUCAAAGCAAUGGUCAUACAAAAUUCCCAUGAGAUGACCAUGCAUUAUUCUAAACCUACUUGGAUAGGACGGUAAGGUGACACAGAGAAACACAUAGAGAUAUAUGUCGUCCAACAUCCCAUCCCGCACACGAGAUUGAGACAAAAUUAAGAAUCCGUCCGACCAUUCGAUAGUCUCUUGUCACCAUGAAGUUCGCAAAAGAACUUGAGCAGAGUCUUGUGCCAGGUGAGAGAUUCACCAGAAUGUUGAUUUUAUGGCAAUUGAAAUCUUACUAAUUAUCGCAUAGAAUGGCGCGCAAAAUAUCUCGAUUACAAACAAGGCAAGAAAAAGGUCAAGGCAGUUGCUCGUGCUGCCCAUCGUGUCAAUUCAACCCCUAAAACAGAUGCAAGAUCGAACCUGAAUCCUCAAAACGGUAGCCUAUACGGUGCUACAUCUCCUGUCGUCCCAAGAAAUCCUCAAUCGUCUCGAACAUUCAAUGAAUCAACCAACCUUCCGGAAUCGUCUCCAGCAAGGCAGAAUGGCGCGACACGGGAAACUGCGGAGAAUGCGCCGCCAUCAAAUCGUACUUCGUCAAUACCUAUCGCAAAAAAGCUUGUACCGACAGAUCAUACAAAUAAUGGGACAUACGGUAGCUUUGUGCCAACCCCUCCUACAGUGGACAUGCAUGCGUUUGAACUUCCAGAUCCAGCAAUACGACCGGACUCUCCACUCGAAACUUUAGAGCAUUCCAUAUCCACAAUUACCCCCCGAAGACGUUCUCUUGAGAUAGAAAUACCAGAAAGGACGCCUACGGCACUGCCCCAGAAUGCAUAUGAAGUUGGAACAACAUCAAGUCCUAUUAAACCUACGUUCGCUUCACUGAGACGCCCUGGUUCGCGCCCUAGUUCGCAGGACGGAAGGCCAAAUUUGAAACGAAUUUUCUCAGUCGGUACUCCCUUGUCUAAACCCCACAGUCGCCCAGACGUGGACAUGGUUGCCUUUGAUCAUAUACGAAUACGUCAGCAAGAAUUCUUCUCAUGGAUGGAGAAGGAACUCGAAAAGGUUGAACUAUUUUAUAGAUCCAAGGAGGAUGAGGCAGGAAUUCGAUUACAGGUUCUAAGGGAGCAACUGCAUGAAAUGCGUAAUCGCAGAAUACAAGAAGUUGCGGACGCGGAACAUGCAAAGGCAAUGCGUAAGGAUGAUGAACGCUCCAUAAGCCGGAGGAUAUCUCGUGUAAAUCCUAGAGAUGAAGAUUCAAACGAACAUUCCUCUAAAGAUCAUCGAAAUGCUUGGUUACUGCCGCUUGGAAGAUUGGUAGACAACGCAAAGGCGACAGCCCUGGGGCCACAUCCAGGAUCCAACUCGAGGGCUUUAGCAAGCAUGAAAAACUCACCUGAGUUGCAAUUUAAGCCUCACCCGGAUGACUUAAUUACCACGAAUGGUAACCGUGACUAUGUAAGACGGCCUCAUGAGAACGAUGUGUCCUAUCGAACUGCGAAACGAAAAUUGAAGCUAGCGCUCCAAGAAUAUUAUCGAGGUAUGGAACUCCUCAAGUCCUACGCGCUUUUGAACCGCACAGCAUUCCGUAAGAUCAACAAAAAAUAUGACAAGGCUGUCAAUGCGCAUCCACCACUUCGAUUCAUGACGGAAAAUGUUAACAAGGCAUGGUUUGUCAAUAGUGAUGUACUUGACGGACACAUACAUGCCGUUGAGGAUCUCUAUGCAAGGUAUUUUGAAAAGGGCAAUCACAAGGUCGCUGUCGGGAAACUGCGGAAAACUGCUGGAAAGACAACGGAUCAGUCUGGUAGUGCAUUCAGGAACGGGGUCUUUAUUGGAAUCGGUGCUGUCUUUUCAAUUCAGGGAAUCAUUUCCGGCACUGAAUAUCUAAAGCAUCCUGACUCUAUGAUUAGAUUUCAAACCGGCUAUCUGCUGCAAAUAUAUGGUGGCUACUUUCUCGCUUUGUAUUUAUUUUCUUUGUUUUGUUUCGAUUGCAGUAUUUGGACUCGAAACAAAAUCAACUACAAAUUCGUCUUCGAAUUGGAUCCCCGACACGAUUUGGAUUGGCGCCAACUCAGCGAAUUCCCAGCAUUUUUCAUUCUUCUAUUUGGAUUAUUUUUAUGGGUCAACUUCUCGGGAUAUGGGACACCAGAAAUGUUCAUAUACUACCCUGUCAUUUUGAUCUUCGUUACAGUCCUUAUAAUAUUUAUGCCCGCUCCUGUGCUUUUUUAUAAAAGUCGGAAAUGGUUUGUAUAUUCUCAUGUAGGUCUCUUACUAUGAUUCUCUUGCCUAAAUGAUGCUAACUGCUGAUAGUGGCGUUUACUUCUGGCUGGAUUAUACCCCGUGGAGUUUCGAGAUUUUUUCUUGGGUGACAUGUAUUGCUCUCUCACCUAUUUAACAAGUGUAAGCUGCUAUUAUCCGAUUACCACGAACGUUUUUUCUGAUAUCCCACAGAAUAUAGAGCUCUUCUUUUGUCUUUACGCAACGUCUUGGCAUAGUCCUACGAAAUGUAAUUCUACCAACUCACGACUUCUCGGGUUCUUUUCUACCUUACCGGCCAUAUGGCGUUUACUUCAAUGCCUUCGACGUUAUCGUGAUACCAAGAAUAUGUUUCCUCAUUUAGGUGAAUACUGCUCCACAAUUGAAAUUUGUAGUCGUUUGUUUAUUAACCCGGCAUCAUAGUUAAUGGUGGUAAAUACGCUAUGACUAUCGUCUACUACGUCACGUUGAGCAUCUACAGGAUAGAGAGAAAUAGAACAAAUUUAAUUGUGUUCAGCUUCUUUGCUGCACUGAAUGCAGUAUACGUCAGUGAGUAUCACAUCUUCAACGGACCAUGAUUUUUUACUAAAUACUUUAGGCAUAUGGGAUCUCUUAAUGGAUUGGUCUCUACUUCAACCCGGAGCGAAUAAACCAUUUCUUCGCGAUGUCAGAGGCUUCAAAGCCACUUGGUGGUAUUAUGCGGCUAUGAUCAUUGAUCCUCUCCUCCGUUUUAAUUGGAUAUUUUACUCAAUAUAUACCCACGACCUGCAGCACAGCAGUUCUGUAUCAUUUUUCGUCGGGUUGUCUGAAAUCAGUCGUAGAGGAAUGUGGACGUUGUUCCGUGUCGAAAAUGAACAUUGCUCCAAUGUCGUUCGCUUCAAGGCAUUUCGCGAUGUGGCAUUGCCAUACGAUCUGGAAUCCGGGGAUUCCGAAGAAUCUCAAACCACCACUCCUGUCGAGCCGGACGAAAGAUCUUCGGUACUCGAAAGAGAACGCACCCAUACCAGCGGUCUUUCACAACAGCAGACCAAUACCGCAUCUGUACGCCGUCGUCCACACAGAACCUUUACGAAAGUCCUGGCGGAUGCUCAUACUCAAGAUUUCCAAAAGAAGAGGAGGCCUUCCACAAAUACUGGGAAGGAACUAAACGCGGGCGGUGAGGCUGAUGCUGGUCAUGUCACGAGUAGUGAGGAUGAUGAUGACGACGAUGAUGAUGAACAAGAUACACAGGAUCGUUUAGCUGUAGAUCAAUUGGUUAGAACUAGGCAAGCUAAGGGUGAAAGGAAGAAGAAUAGAGGUGGCGUUUGAUUAUAAUAUGAUGGAACGUCAGUCCAUAUGUUGAUAUAUGUAUGAUUUAUGACGAGGUUGGCGUUGAUGUUUUAGGUAUACAUUUGUUUUUGUUAUAGAUGUGGUUAACGUUUUUCAAGCCCUAAUAUAGAAUUUCUGUUCCUGCACAGCCU